AUGCCCACAAAAGAGAAAAAAACAACAGAAACCGAAGAAAGAGAUGACGAAGGAGAGGAGAAAGAGCCAACGAAAAAGAAAAAGAAGAAGAAGGAAGAUGCUGAGGUGACAGAGAACGACAAUGGGACGGAUGAACAGAACAACAAUGAGCCCAUCAGCCAAGAGAAAUCCUCAAACGAGGACGAAAAACAGGUAAAGAAAGAGAAGAAAAAGAAGAGCAAGACAGCAGAAGGGCCAGAAGACAUGGGCUCCAAGGAGAAAAAGAGCAAAGACGGCAAGAAAAAGAAGAAGUCGGCUGAGGAAGAGGAGGACGAGGACGCCAAAGGCUCGGACAGCGAUGAGGACAAGAAAGCCAAGAAGAAAAAGUCAAAGGUCAAGCAGGUGGAUUUUGCAGAACUCUACCAGGAGGAGCUGAUCAGCUAUCACACCGAGGAAUCGGACGAUCAGGAAGAUGAAUACAACAAAAAGAAAGUGUAUGAGGUGGUGACUGUGACAGGGGAUGUUAAAGGUGCCGGGACCGAUGCUAAUGUGUUCGUCACCAUGUUUGGAGAGUUCGGAGUGUCUCCCAAAGUUCACCUGGCCAGCAAGAGCCGAACAGCCUUCGAAAAGAACAAGACAGAUGUGUUUCGCAUCAAAACACACAAUGUUGGGCCAAUAAAGAAACUUAGAAUUGAACAUGAUAAUACGGGCAUGAGUGCCAGCUGGUUCCUGGACCGGGUCAUCGUGACUGACAUGAAUAGGCCACACCUCCGCUUCUUUUACGCCUGCAACAAUUGGCUGAGCAGAGAAGAGGGGGAUGGACUAACUGUUCGAUAUCUGCUGGGCAGCCUGAACCCCAUGGACAUCCCAAAACAGAACAAGUACAUUGCCAGUGUCUUCACAAUGGAUGCUAAAGGCAGCGGGACUGAUGCCGAUGUUUAUUUAAAUAUUUUUGGAGAGUUUGGGGAUACAGGAGAGCGGAAGCUGGUCAGUGAAGGAAAAGACAAUUUUGAGCGCGGAAAUGAAGAUAAAUUUACCAUUGAGGCACCAAAUCUCGGCAGACUAAGAAAAAUAACCAUCGGUCACAACAACAAGGGCUCUUCUGCUGGCUGGGCCUGUGAUAAAGUUAUAAUAGAUGACAUGGGGAAUAAAGAGGUUUAUGAGUUUCCUGUUGAUGCCUGGUUUGACAUUUCAGAAGGGGACGGAAAAAUACAGAGAGAUGUGCUUGCUGGAGCCACACAACCAAUGGCGAUAGUGUAUAAUGUACAGGUGAUGACGGGAGACAUUCGUGGAGCGGGCACUAACUCUAAGAUCCACUUAGUAAUGCACGGCCAUAAAGGAAACAAGAACAGUGGUAAGCUGUUCCUGGAGGGUGGCACGUUUGAGCGCGCUCAGAUCGACAUCUUCAACGUGGAGCUGCUGGAGCUGAUCAGUCCGCUCAGCAGAGUCACUAUCGGCCACGACAACGCUGGCAUCAACUGCGGCUGGUACUGCGAGAAGGUGACGGUGUACUGCCCGUUCACAGGUUUAGAGCAGGUGUUUCCCUGUGGCCGCUGGUUUGAUGAAGAUGAGGGCGAUGGAUUGGUGGAGAGGGAACUCUAUGAGAUGGUCUCGCUCAGACAGAAAAAACAAAAGAAAUUCCCCUGGUCUCUGUGGAUCUUUACAUCAGACAUUAAAGGUGCCGGCACUGACGCUCAGGUGUUUCUGCAGGUGUACGGAGAAAACGGAAAGAGCGACCAGUUCAAACUCGAGAGCAAAUCAGACAGUUUUGAACAGGCACAGUGCGACAAAUUCAUUAUUGAGAUGCCUGAUAUCGGGAAGAUUCGCAAGCUGAGAAUCUGGCACGAAAAGAGGAAUCCUUUCUCUGGCUGGCAUCUUGGCAGGGUGACACUGAUGAAGACUCUUACUAGAGAGAAAUACUCGUUUGUAUGUAACCGUUGGCUGGACAUCAAUGAAGACGACCAGGAGAUCAUUAGAGAACUGCCAGCUGAAGGAAAACUUGUGGCCGAACCUUUACCGCUUCUUAAGUAUCGUGUGACUAUAUGUACGGGAAAUGUGAGUGGAAGUGGAACAGACGCCAGUGUUUAUUUAAACAUCAUUGGAGACCUGGGAGACACCGGAGAGCGCCUGAUGUUCAUGAGCAAAAACAACGUCAACAAGUUUGAGAAAGGAAACGCUGAUGAGUUCCUGGUUGAGGCGGUGACUCUGGGGCAGAUCAGGAGGGUGCGGAUUGGUCAUGAUGGACGGGGCGGAGGCUGUGGUUGGUUCCUGGAUAAGGUGAUGGUCAGAGAGGAGGGACAGCCUGAAGCCUCAUCCAUCGAGUUCCCAUGUUACAGGUGGUUGGACCGUAAUGAAGACGACGGGCAGAUCGUGAGAGAGUUAGUCCCUACUGAUGAUGGCCAACGUUUGUUCACUGUUGGCUAUCACAUUGCGAUAAAGACAGGCAGUAUUAACGGCGCCAGCUCAGAUUCGAAGGUGUUCGUGAAGCUGUACGGAGAGAAAGGCGACACCAACAAGAUGCUGCUGGUCGUCUCUGAUAACGACCUGGGGAACUAUUUCGAGACUGGACAGACGGACAUCUUCACCAUAGAGACCUUUGACAUAGGCAAGGUAAACAGGUUGCUGAUUGGCCACACUAAUGAAGGUCUGCGGGCCGGUUGGUUCCUGGACAGUGUUCUGAUCUGGGUGCCGGUGCAUGGCUUGCAGUAUAUGUUCCCCUCCCACCGCUGGCUCUGUAAAGAUGAGGCUGACGGGAAGGUGGAAGUGGAGAUCUACCCAAGUGAGACACUGGAGAUAGAGAAAUUGAUCAAUUAUGAGGUGACAGUGGUGACAGGAGAUGUGUGGGCCGGAGGGACGAAUGCAAACGUCUUCCUUCAGAUUUAUGGUGAGGCAGGAAAAUCCGAACUAAUUCGGCUCAAGAGCCGAUCCAACAACUUUGAGAGAGGAACCACGGAGAUCUUUAGGAUUGAGGCCCUGGAUGUGGGGCGGGUCUAUAAGAUCCGCAUUGGCCAUGAUGGUUCGGGUAUUGGGGCUGGAUGGUUCCUGGAGAAAGUUGACGUUAAACGCCUGAUCAUGGCAAUGGUGAAACCAGAGAAGAAAGAGGAGGAAAAAAAAGACAAGAAGAAAAAGAAGAAGAAAAAGGAGGAGGAAGAGGAGCCCCCAGGUGAACUGAAGGAGGUUGUACGAACGUUCAGUUUCCCAUGUGGCCGAUGGCUCGCUCGUGAUGAAGAGGAUGGAGAAAUACUUGUGGAGCUGCGAGCUGAGGAUUAUGAAGAUCUGGAGGAUAACACAUAUGAGGUUCAUGUGUUCACUGGGGAUAUGAUGGGUGCCGGAACCGAUGCAAGUGUUUACAUCGAUGUCUACGGAGAAAUGGGUGACACGGGUGAGAGAAAACUACGCAAGUCAAACCACCUUAACAAGUUUGAGCGCGGACAGGAGGAUGAGUUCACGAUUACGGGGAUGGAUCUGGGGCCUUUGAAGAAACUGAGGAUUCGUCAUGAUAACAAACAGGCUAAUGCUUCAUGGUACCUGGACCGCGUAGAGAUCUUUGAUACAAAAGAUGAAACCAUGUAUUUUUUCCCAUGCCAGCGUUGGUUGGCAGUAGAUGAAGAUGAUGGGCAGCUGGGCCGUGAGUUAGUGCCUGUGGACGAGGCUUUCAUGAAGAGAGAUGAAGAUGAAGAAGAGGAGUCUGGGCCUGCUCAGCUUGGAUUAGAGCAAAAAGCGAUGUCAACCACAUUCACAAUGAGAGUAAAAACAGGGGAGAAGAAGUAUGCUGGAACAGAUGCAAAUGUUUUCGCCAUUCUUUAUGGAACCAAAGACGACACAGGAAUCAUUAAUCUAAAGGCCUCGAAGAACCAUAAGAAUAAGUUUGAGUUGGGAUUGAUUGAUGAGUUCACCAUAGAGGCAGUGGAUAUUGGGAAACUCAAGAGAAUCCGCAUUGGACACGACAACGCAGGCGGUGCGUCUCCAGGCUGGUUUCUAGACUGGGUGGAGAUCGAUGCUCCAUCUCUGGGUCAGCUGCUGCGCUUUCCAUGUGGACGAUGGCUGGAUAAAGGAAAAGAUGAUGGUGCCAUAGUCAGAGACCUGUACCCUAAUGAGCUGCAAACAGUGCUGUACACACCCUUUGUUCCCUAUGAAAUUAAAAUCUUCACCACUGAUAUAUUUGCUGGGGGAACCGACGCGGAUGUCUUUAUCAUCCUGUAUGGGCAAAAUGGAGUCUGUACGUCUCAGAAAUCUCUCUGCAUUAAUAAGAGAGAGAGGAGGAUGUACUUUGAGCGAGCAGCAGAAGACAUGUUUAUUGUAGAGCUGCAGGAUAUUGGAGAUAUCAUUGAGAAAAUCCGCAUCGGUCAUGAUAAUCGUGGGGUGAAUCCUGGCUGGCAUUUAGACCGAGUGGAAAUCCGAAGACUGCUCCGGAAAGGAAAGGGCUCAGAAACAGCAAUAUUCCCCUGUGAGCGAUGGUUGGCUCAUUCGGAGGAGGACGGAGAGACGAUUCGUGAGCUGGUGCCGUCUGACAUCAUCGUAGAGAAACUUUCACGAGAUGGGACCCUCAAAGUCAUCGAAACAGAAGUAGACGACGCGCUGGAGAUUCACACAUAUACAGUGACAGUAAGCACGGGGGAUGUGUAUGGCGCCGGCACUGAUGCCAACGUGUUCAUCACUCUUUAUGGAGACAUGGGCGACACUGGAGAACGCAAACUCAGCAAGUCUGAGAACAGCAACAAGUUUGAGAGAGGAUCGGUGGACACGUUCACUCUGGAGGCUGUGGACCUGGGCCAGGUGUUUAAGAUCCGCAUUCGCCAUGACAACAGCAUGCUGAGCGCCGACUGGUACCUGGAGCAGGUGGAAGUGUUGGACCAGGACACGGAGGAAGUCUUUCUGUUUUUAUGUGAGCGCUGGCUGUCCAGAAAGAGGGAGGACAAGCGGAUCGACAGGGUGUUCUACGUUAAGGGCUUUGAGGAAGAGCGAGAGACCGCUUUCUGUCCAAUUAAAAAAGUCACCAGUCUGGACAGCAACAUGAACAAGAAAAAGAAACGACUUUCAGAGGAUGAUGAAGAUGAGGAGGAACCAUCACUGAUCCCCUACCACUUCUCGGUGACGACGGGUUCGGAUCGGGAUGCUAGUACGAGUAGCAGAGUGUACGUCAUCAUUAUAGGAAAGAUGCACAAGAGGUCGGAGCGUCUCUGGCUGGAUUUAGAUGGGAAAAGCGCAUUCCUGCCUGGAGCACUGGAUUACUUCACUUGUUACGGGACUGAUGUUGGAGAGAUCAAGAAAGUGGAAUUGGGUCAUGAUGGAGCAACUCCGGAGAGCUGCUGGUUGGUGGAUGAGUUGACCGUGGAGGUGCCGACUAAAGCGGUGCGCUAUGUGUUUCGCUGUAAAUGUUGGUUGGCCAAAGACAGAGGAGACGGACUGACCGCACGCAUCCUAAAUGUGCAAGAUGCAGAAAUGGUCAACAUCUCACAGAAGGUGAUCUAUGAGGUAACGGUGUUUACAGGAGAUGUUCAGCACGCAGGCACAGACACACAGAUCUACAUGACUGUGUUUGGAGUCUACGGCACGUCAGAGGAAAUGUUACUGCCAAAAUUAGAGGACAGGUUUGAACGAGGGCAGGUGGACACAUUUAAUCUGGAGAUUGAGGAUAUCGCUCCUUUGAGAAAGAUGAGAGUGCGUAUCGAUGCUUCUGGAAGCAGACCCGACUGGUUCCUGGAUAAGAUUGAGCUUCAUGACCUGCAGACGGAUGAAGUGGCCACGUUCACGUAUGAAGAAUGGCUUUCUCGCUCAUACGGGCCCAAGCGAACGCUCAUAUGCGAGAUGCCGGCUGUGAUAAACGACGAGGAAAUGGUGGAGCUCACAAUAUACACUGUUUCUGUGAAGACCAGCGAUGCAACCGCGGCUGGAACCGAUGCUAAUGUGUGGAUGAUUAUUUUUGGUGAGAACGGUGACACUGGAACUCUAACUCUGAAAGAAAGCAACAACACCAACAAGUUUGAGCGCAAACAGACAGAUGUUUUCCGCUUUCCUGACAUCCUCAGCCUGGGCGAGCUCUCGAAAGUGCGCAUUUGGCACGACAACUCAGGACCGGCUCCUGGUUGGCACCUGGAGUAUGUGGACGUUCAUGAUGACAUCUUGGGGAAGAAGUUUCGCUUCCAGUGUGACCGCUGGCUCGCCAAGAACGAGGAUGACGGACAGAUUAUGAGAGAGCUGGCCUGUGCCAACAAUGAUGGGGUGGAUUUUGAUGAAAAAACCAAAUAUGAGAUCCUGGUCACGACAGCAGACAUGGAUGAUGCAGAAACCAAAGAGAACGCCUGGAUUGUUCUAGAAGGCAAGAAGGGACGCUCCAAAGAGUUCGUGUUGGAGAACUCAGCUAAAAAGAAGCGCUUUUUACGAGGCAAUACGGACCGUUUUGAGUUCUCCUCAAAGGAGCUGGGAGACAUUGCUAGUAUCUGUCUGGGACACAUCCCUAAAGAUGGCAAGAAGGUCAAAGUUGAAGCCUCCUGGUUUGUGGAUGAGGUCAUUGUCACGGAGAAGGAACUUGGCAAUAAGUAUAUCUUCCGCUGUGACGCCCCCAUCUCUCUUUCCUCAAAGCGAGACGAGUUCCAGACCUUCGAGUGCACCAAAUUCAUUGAGAGCUUCAUCAGCAAGGCCCAAAGCCUUGUACCGGUAAAAUACGAGGCCAUCGUGAUCACUGGCGAUGAGAAGGGCGCGGGCACCGACGCCAAUGUUUUUAUCACCAUAUUCGGCAGCAAUGGAGACUCGGGUCGCAGGCAGCUCUGCAAGAAAUUCCUGAAUCUGUUUGAGCGCGGACAAACCAACCGCUUCAUCCUGGAGCUGCUGGACAUGGGUGACCUGCUGCGGGUGCAAGUGGAGCACGAUAACUCUGGACUCAGCCCCGGCUGGCUCCUCAGCAGGAUCGAGAUCACCAACACAGCCAACGGAGUCACCACCAUCUUUAUCUGUGGGAAAUGGCUGGACAAGAACAAAGCAGACGGCAGGAUAAAGCGUGUGAUCUAUCCCAAGUAUUGAUG